AUGGAGCUACUGUCCACCCCCCACAGCAUUGAGAUCAACAACAUCACUUGCGAUUCCUUCCGCAUCUCCUGGGCCAUGGAGGACAGUGACCUGGAGAGAGUCACCCACUACUUCAUUGACCUCAACAAAAAGGAGAACAAGAAUUCCAACAAGUUCAAGCACCGGGAUGUCCCUACCAAGCUUGUGGCCAAGGCAGUGCCGCUACCCAUGACGGUGAGAGGUCAUUGGUUCCUGAGCCCCCGUACAGAAUACAGUGUGGCUGUGCAGACGGCGGUGAAGCAGAGCGACGGCGAGUACCUGGUAUCGGGCUGGAGCGAGACAGUGGAGUUCUGCACUGGGGAUUAUGCUAAGGAGCACCUGGCCCAGCUGCAGGAGAAAGCUGAGCAGAUCGCUGGACGAAUGCUGCGCUUCUCCGUCUUCUACCGCAACCAUCACAAGGAGUACUUCCAGCAUGCCAGGACCCACUGUGGGAACAUGCUUCAGCCCUACCUGAAGGACAACAGUGGCAGCCACGGCUCCCCCACCAGCGGCAUGCUCCACGGUGUGUUCUUCAGCUGCAACACCGAGUUCAACACUGGCCAGCCCCCCCAGGACUCCCCCUAUGGCCGCUGGCGCUUCCAGAUCCCCGCCCAGCGCCUCUUCAACCCCAGCACCAACCUCUACUUUGCAGACUUCUACUGUAUGUACACCGCCUACCACUAUGCCAUCCUGGUUCUGGCACCCAAGGGCUCCUUGGGGGACCGCUUCUGCCGUGACCGCCUGCCCCUCCUGGACAUUGCCUGCAACAAGUUCCUGACCUGCAGUGUGGAGGAUGGGGAGCUAGUCUUCCGCCAUGCCCAGGACCUCAUCCUGGAGAUAAUCUACACCGAGCCGGUCGACCUGUCCCUGGGCACCCUGGGGGAGAUCAGUGGGCAUCAGCUCAUGAGCCUGUCCACUGCCGAUGCCAAGAAAGACCCCAGCUGCAAGACCUGCAAUAUCAGUGUGGGCCGCUAG